AUGGCAACGACUUCGGACGGUCCCAGUCAGCUCUUUGUUGGCUCGUUACCUGUUACACUCUUACAGCCUAACAAAAAUGGACCUGAGUAUAUGUCAACUGUGGCAGAUGUAGCACUGAAAAUCGUGGAACGAAGGCUAGACAGUGGCGAAAAGGAAUACCGUGUCGAAAUCAGCCGUCCGGAUGACUUCGAGUUCCUGUAUGCGGAUGGCAUUACACGGACGAAAUAUCAGACGCUGGCGAAAACAUGGAACUUAAACGUAGAUUUCGACGACUUUCCCGCUCGAAUAAUUCGAUUACUUCGAGAACGUGUUGGGGCAGCAUCACCUGUUCAGCUCACUUGUACUUUGAGCCAAGAUCUAUCUAUUUGCACGUAG